UCCGUGGUCAUGCCCAGACUGCAAGGUGUGCUGCGUGUGCAAGAGUGCAGGAGACGAGUCAACUCUGAUGAUUUGUGAUGGAUGUGAUAGAGGUUGGCACACAGGAUGCUGUAAUCCAGAGAUUAGCCAAGUUCCAGAAGGUUCAUGGCUUUGCCGACUCUGUGCAGAAUGCCACAGUUGUGGAGAGCAAAAGGAUGAUACUGACCACACACAGUACCACUAUGCAACGGCUCCGCCGAGUAAACUAUAUGAUAAAGCUGCCUACCUGGCAACUUACUGUACACGAUGCUACGAGCAUUUUGAACAGAGCAGAUUUUGUCCAGUCUGCUUAAAAACGUUUUCAGAGGGAGACGAGAACGAUGAAGAGGAUAACGAAAUGGUUACAUGCGAUUCGUGUGACUACUGGAUCCACACAAAGUGCGAUGAGACCCUGACACCCGAGAAGUAUCAAAGUCUGUGUGACGACGAGGAGGCCAAAUACGCUUGUCCUCUUUGUGCCGGAAAGGUUAAACCAAUUGUUGAAACAGAGGCCGUUAAAAAGGCAUUGAAAGGCACAUCAGCACCGUGUGGUUCUUGUGUAGGGUUGCUGGGUGGAAAGAUAAAAACCAGAGGAGUUGUUUCCUAUGAAGACAUCAAAGUGGGAGUGCCGGAAAUCAAAGGCACUGGUACAGCAGAGAUGCCAUCUUUAUAAACUACACUUUUAUAUAUAUACAUACACACAUACAC